AUUCCCCAAUUCUUCAAAGACCUUUACAACAUCCACCCCCUCGCAAAAAACCACCCAAAAUGAAAAAAACCCCCUCCGAAAUAGCAGGCUACACAGUCCUCCCCCUCACCCUCCCCGCAACCCCAUCCUACCCGAAGCCGGCAACGCACCACCUCUACAUCCGCGCCCAUGAACCGCGCAUCCCCGACGACGACACCCCCCGCUCUCUCUUCCUCGUCAACAUCCCCAUCGACACGACAGAGCUGCACCUGCGCCACCUCUUCGGCACCCAGCUAGCCGCAGGCCGCGUCGAAAAAGUGCACUUCGAGGAUGUGCCGGCAAAGGCGAAAGGAAGCGGCGCGCAGGCGAAGCAAAUGUCCAUGAAGAAGCGCAAGCGCGUGACGGCCGACGAGCUGCAGGGUCAGCUGGAGGGGAUUGAACUGCCCGCUACGUGGGACAGGGCGCUGCAUAAGAGCGGGGCGCAUGCGAUUGUGGUCUUUGUGGAUCGGCCUGCGCGCGAGGCGAGCCUGAAGGCUGUGAAGAAGGCUGCGGGCCGGAAGCAGGGGAAGGAGGGGAUCGUGUGGGGGGAGGGUGUUGAGGGGAGGCUUCCUGCGCUAGGGAUGGAGCGGUAUCUGAAGCAUGAGCGGGCUGUUUUCCCCGCGCGGGCGGAGAUCCUCCGCGCUGUGAGCGACUACAUGACUGUGUUUGAGCAGGUGUCUGAGGCGCGCAAGAGGGAGGUUGCGCGUCGGGCGCAGGAGCCGGACGAGGAUGGGUUUGUCACUGUUACUAGUGGGCCGAAGCUUACGGAGACGGCGCAUGAGGAGGAGGCGAGGGAGCUGGUUGAGAGGCAGAGGAAGAAGCAGGAGGGCUUGGAGGACUUCUAUCGCUUCCAGAGUCGCGAGAAGAGGAAGAUGAGGCAGAAUGAGAUGCUGAGGCGGUUUGGGGAGGAUAAGAAGAGGUUGGAGGAUAUGAAGAGGCGGAAGGGCAAGAUUAGGCCCGAGUAAUGUGGAUGUGCGUGUCUACUGCACUUGUCCGAUGUCGAUUUUAGCAAGGCGUUUUGGGUGGUCAAAAGUCAAAAGUCAAGUUCUUGUCGUCGGGUGGGGGAUUCAAUGCUGAUGUAUAUUGUAUAGAUAGAUAUAGAUAACAAACUAUUUGUGAACUUGUGAUGGCCUUAUUAUCUACCGUCUGCC